CAGAUGGGAGAAGUGUCGGUAUGAUAGCUAGCUAAUAGGCUCGAGCUUUAAAAGGAUAAAGGUGGAUACCAAGGUGUCUAACAUGCACAAAAUUUCUGAUUAAAACAAGCAUAUUCCAGGGGUAGGAAUCGGAAUUUGGGGAAUCCGAAUAUUGUAUUAAUCUGAAUUGGGGAAUUGUAUUGCGGCGUUAACAUGACUCAAUACUAAUCAGAAUAUUGCCAAAUUCCAAUUAAUAUUGGAUUAUUGAUGUCCUGAUGCGUCUUUGCACUGUUAUUAAACAACAUAACCAAGUGCAAAUUUAAUUUCUAUUAUUUAGGACUAAAUGUGUUCAAAGAAUAUGACUUGUCUGCAGUACAAGCGGGGUUAAUUUGGAGAGAUGAGUUGGUGUAAGUCCUUGUUUAGCCACCAGGUGGCGGCGAAAACUCACGUGAUCAUCACUCGCUCCAAUCACAUAGCGAGAGAGUCGUUGCUAAGGAAGUGAUUCUCCUGACUACCAGGAGAGUAAACGAUUAGUGUUUGUAAACUACAAGAUUAUCCCGUUUGUUUUAAAUCAGGUCCAUUUUCGCAUCAGUUUGCUUGUUAAUGAACGGACUUGGAGCGAAGCACAUCGUAUGGCAGAGCUGCAUAUAAUCGGCCAGAUCAUUGGGGCCAGUGGUUUCCCUCAGAGCAGCCUGUUCUGCAAGUGGGGCAUUCACACAGGAGGAGCAUGGAGACUUCUGUCUGGUCUAAAGGAGGGACAGACACAAGUGGACAUACCCCAGAUAGGUGAAAUGGCUUACUGGAGUCAUCCUAUCGAUUUACAUUACUCCACUAAAGGCCUUCAAGGUUGGCCAAAGCUGCAUGUACAGGUCUGGCAUCAGGACUCUUUUGGCAGGUGUCAGCUGUACGGUUACGGCUACUGCCAUGUGCCCUCCAGCCCCGGACAGCACCGGCUGCAGUGUGUGACAUGGAGGCCAGUAGGAACCUGGCAGGAACAGCUGGCCCAGAUGUUUGUUGGCGGAGGCCCUCAGCUUCGCUCUCCUGACCUCAUUUACAGUGGAGCAGACAGAUACAGGCUUCAUACAGAGGCUAUGGGCACAGUAGAACUGGAGCUGUGCGUCAUUCUGCGGCAUUUUGAGCGCUAUGGCGUAGAGAGCUGAGAGACUUGAGGCUGUGAUAUGCAGAUAGCAACAUCUAAUGAGAGGUAUUCAAAUCAUAACUUCAUUAGCUAAUCUACCGGGCAAGUAAAAGCUACUUCUGAAAAGAUCAUCUGUCAUCCAUGAACACUAAUUUAUCCACGUUGUAAAGCACUUUCUACUGACAGCUGGCCACACCUUGCCAGAUGUGCAGUGCAUCAGGUAGUGGGAUUUGGAACGAUUAGUGUGUGCUAUGGUUCUAUCAUGGUGGUGCAUCGGGUCACUGUGAAGUGCAUUACUUUUAAAUAUAGCUACAUAUCAAAUGAAAUUUUGUGUUUUGUGCAAGUCUAUGAACUACUAUACCAAGUUAGUAUAAACAUUUUGCGAAAAGUAAGGAAUAUUAUUUUUCUUUUCUGUCUGCAUGGCAACUACAAACAAAAACGAAUAGCCCGGAUAUGAAACGUGCUUGUUCUAGGCAUCUGGGCUACUAUUUUGUCCACCCUUGCAUUUUAUUUACACUUAUAUUGGAGUUACUUGUAGUGAAUUUGUGACAUUUUUUGUAUUCAGAGAGGAUGACAAGGUGUCAGCUGACCUCUGGCUUGUGAGACAUCUAUGGAUGCAGUGAUAAUUAAUAUGACCUGUUUGUUUUUAAAAAAAUCAAUUUUGUACUAAUUUUGUACACAAUGUUAAUGUAUUUUCUGUUGAACGAAUUAAACGUUUGAUUACUUAAUCCUUA